AUGAAGACAGCAAGAUGUGUCUACAACAGCCAGACGGCCCUUUACCGGGUGUUCGUGUCUCCCCUCGAGUCUCUUGAAACAACCCUGGCAUCACGAAGCCUCGCGCUCGCCAGCGCCCAUGCUCGCAAGAACUGGUCAGCUUCAAUUACGCGUCCAUCAGCUUUCCGCACGUUAUCUACGACACGCUUCCUUUCGGCGCCUCCCCGUCCCGCAGGGCCGACAGGCCCCGGCGGCCGGCGCGGCAAGGUGGCUCCCGACCGUCUCCCGCAAGACCUCGAGAUCAAGGACAAGAAGAUCAUGCUCGUCGACGACGCCACAGGCAUCAAAGGCCCGUUUCUCACGCGCGCCAUCAUCGAAGACCUCGAGGAGGGCUACUCGCUACGCAUGAUCAAGGCGGCGACCCCCGCCGGAGCCGAAGAAGCCCAGCGCCGAUGGGCAGGCGGCCAAGGCACGGCCCGCGCGGGCGGAGGUGCCCUCAACUGGGCGAUUGCGGCGAACGACCUCGCCAUCCGCAUGGGCAAGCUCAAGGACUUCCUCGGCAAGGGGUGGCGGGUAGACGUGACGCUGGCCAAGAAGAAGGGCGCGAGGAAGGCGACGCAGGAGGAGAUGGCGGCCGUCGUCAAGGCCGUUGGGGCGGCGGUGGCAGAGGUGCCGGGGGCCAGGGAGAGGAAGGCGAGAGAAGGCGAGUUGGGAAAAUCAUUCCGUAUCUAUGUCGAAGGUGUGGCACCGAAGGAGGAGGUCAAGGCCAAGGGCAAAGCGAAGGCAGAGGCGGAGGCUACCCCUCAGGAAGCUCAGUAA